AUGGCUUUCGAUGGACUACCACAUGGGUCCAUCCCCUGUUUUGCUGACUUCAAGUAUGUCUUCCUACGUCACUUCGCCAACAGCAGGAAAUAUCAAAAGAUAGAUCACUGCUUGUUUGCCCUCAAGCAGGGAUCUGCGGAGCCAUUGAGAAGCUAUAUUAAGCGCUUCAAUCAGGUGGCUCAGGAUGUUCCUUCAACCACAUCCGAAAUACUCAUGAGCGUCUUCUCCCAUGGGUUAACUAAAGGAGAGUUCUUCAAGGAUCUCAUUAGGAAUCCCGUAAAGAAUUUUGAUGAGAUGCUGGAAAAGGCGGCCAGCUAUAUUAAUGUGGAGGAAGCGCAGGCGGCGUGA